AUGAAGCUGGAGAUGGGUGUCAGGGCAAGGACCUGCGCAACCCAGGACGACACCUCAGAGCUGCAGAGAGGAACUCCCUCGAAUGGAGGGGAGCAGCCGGCUGCCUCUGCUUUCCAAGGCAGGAGUACCUUGGCCAGGAUAGUCCGGCUGGUGUUGGUGCUGAGAGAUUGGGCAAGCAAGAGCCUGCAUGAGGAGCAGCAAAAGCCAGACCCAUUCCUCGAGCGCUUCCAGGGCACCGAGUUCCAGGCAGUGGCUGCCAGGAUUGCCAGUGAUCUACAGGAUGAGGAGGCUGAGGAGGGAGACAAAAAGAAUAAAUGGCAGAUCUUCGUGGUGGACCCUGCAGGGGACUGGUAUUACUGUUGGCUGGCUGUCAUUGCAGUUCCUGUCCUCUAUAACUGGUGCUUGCUCGUAGCCAGGGCUUGCUUCAAUGACCUGCAAGAGACCUAUGUUAUCCUCUGGCUGGUGUUGGACUAUGUCUCAGACUCUGUCUACGUUGGGGACAUAGUGAUCCGCCUGCGCACAGGUUUCUUGGAACAGGGGCUCCUGGUUAAGGACACAAAGAAGUUACGGGAUAACUACAUCCACACCUUACAGUUCAAGCUGGAUGUUCUCUCCAUCCUGCCCACAGACCUGGCAUACUUCGCUGUGGGAUUGCACUGCCCUGAGCUGCGUUUCAACAGGCUGCUGCACUUCUCCCGCAUGUUUGAGUUCUUCGAUAGGACCGAGACCAGAACCAGCCACCCCAACAUCUUCCGCAUCAGCAACUUGGUUCUUUACAUCCUGGUCAUCAUCCACUGGAACGCCUGCAUAUAUUAUGCCAUCUCCAAGGCCAUAGGGCUUGGAAAGGACACCUGGGUCUAUCCCAACAUCACAGACCCUGAAUAUAGUAAUCUGACCCUGGGGUAUGUCUACUGUCUCUACUGGUCUACAUUGACUUUGACUACCAUCGGAGAGACCCCUCCCCCUGUGACUGAUGAGGAAUACCUCUUUGUGAUCUUUGAUUUCCUCAUUGGUGUCCUCAUCUUUGCCACUAUUGUGGGGAAUGUGGGAUCCAUGAUAUCCAACAUGAAUGCCACUAGGGCAGAGUUCCAGGCAAAAGUUGAUGCUGUCAAACACUACAUGCAGUUCCACAAGGUGAGCAAAGACAUGGAAACCAAAGUCAUCAAGUGGUUUGACUACGUGUGGACCAACAAGAAAGCAGUAGAUGAACGGGAAGUUCUCAAGAAUCUCCCUGAUAAGUUAAGGGCAGAGAUUGCCAUCAACGUCCACCUGGAGACACUGAAGAGGGUGAGGAUAUUCCAGAACUGUGAGGCAGAUCUACUGGUGGAGCUGGUGCUGAAGCUUCGCCCUCAGGUGUUCAGCCCAGGGGAUUACAUUUGCCGGAAGGGAGACAUUGGGAAAGAGAUGUAUAUCAUCAAGGAGGGGAAGCUGGCUGUGGUGGGAGAUGAUGGAACGACACAGUAUGCUUUGCUCACUGCAGGAAGCUGCUUUGGUGAGAUCAGCAUCCUCAACAUUAAAGGCAGUAAAAUGGGCAACAGGCGCACAGCCAACAUCCGUAGCUUGGGCUACUCUGACCUCUUCUGCUUGUCAAAGGAAGAUCUUAUGGAAGCAGUCACAGAAUAUCCUGAUGCCAAAAAGAUCUUGGAGGAGCGUGGCCGGGAGAUACUGAUCAAGGAAGGGCUGCUGGAUGAGUCAGCUACAGAGGAAAGCACUGAAGGGAAGAGCAUGGAGGAGAGGCUGGACAGUCUGGCCUUGAACUUGGACACACUGCACACCCGCUUUGGCCGGGUCCUGACAGAGUACAACGAUGCUCAGAAGAAGCUCAAGCAGCGCAUCACUGUUCUGGAGUCCAAGACGAGGCAGCAGGAUCUGGAGGACUUCUUCUCUGAUAGCUCAGUCGGUCUGCUUGAGGAUGAGGAGGAAGCUUUACUUGGUGGGACACAAUGA